AUGAAUGAUUACGAGACUGGCCACAGCUGGAUGCAUGCAGCAAACUCAGCUCUCAGGUCUAACGAACCAGAAAUAUUUGACAGGUUGUUAGAACAGGAGGCACAGCGCCUUGGUCAGCAAUGGUCUAUAGCCAGCAAGUGGACGAGCUAUGUGGCUAUCGACCGUGACACCGCUCGGCGCCACGAGAUAUCACUCUGGAAAGCCGAUGGUGUCGAUGUGUCCGAACUGACACGGCCGCGGAAGAUAAGAACUGUGGCUGCCUUGCCCCUGUCAAUGACCUCAAGUCAGUCAUCAUUCCGAAGUGCGUCUUAUGCACCACAAGAAUUUCGGCGUUACGGAGGAAGUUCUCCUGCACCAUGUCAAGGCCAACAGCGAAGCUUUGACAGACCCAUUUCACGAGAGCCUGCCAACCGUACUGGAUCUGAAAUGUAUCCCGAUCCUUCUCGUGACUCUGCAGGCUUAAUCGAGUACGGAAACGACCCAGUUACUGGUAGUAUUCCUGCGGAGCACUACUAUGGCCAGCCAGUCAGCACUCGCGGAGCCUACUACAGCCCAGAUGGUGCUAAUGCGUACGGUGCUAGUUCCUACAGUGCUACUACGUACGGUGCUAGUACGUACGGUGCUAGUACCUAUGAUGCUAAUACCUACGGUGCUAAUACCUACGGUGCUCGGCGCCACUCCCACGGCCGCAGUGGGGGCGCUGAACCCCGGUGUAGUAGCCGUGAUGCAGAUGAUCUCCCGAAAGGCUCACCGCAUACCAUGCCCAAGUCCAGCCAAGACUUAAACAAGAGAGGUCCAAACGGCGAAAUAUCAGCUGAAUGUACUGAUGAAGUUCAAUCGUCUCUUUCCAUCGAUCCGUCAGUGCCGUCACAAUCAGCUGGAGACGGCCUCGACUUUAGGACGGCAUCCCACGCGUUCUCUGAUCCUGAAGGACACAAACCCAGCACAGGCCAAAGUGAUGUGGCUCUUCAAGGCAACAAUACCAUCCGUCCCAGUAUUUUCUCGACAGCCGCGACAGUUAACUCGUCACACAAUGGGGUUUGGUCAUACUCCAAUGCUAUUACGUCGGACUCCAAGGAGAGUUGGGUCCACAACGAACAAUACUUUGAUUUUGGGCCACCUUUGAUGAGCUGGGAGCCUCAAAUGUACGGGGCCUCAGUCGGACCUGUCUCGGAAGAUAAUUCACCAAGAGCUACUCCCGCGGUUCCAGAAGAUCCGACAAACAUAUUGUCCUUGUCACGAAUCCUCUACUCACAAGGCGCGGAUGGCGAAUUUCGUCUCUAUGGGACGAAUAUACAACGCGCUCUUAUAACGCAAUUCAAAACGGUCAUCCCCUUCGCAAAUCAGUCUCCAGUCAGCAAUCGGCAUCAUGAACUACGCUCGGUCGACCUUAAUGUUCUUGCAGUUGUUUAUAUCACGACCCGGCAUGCUACGUUAAAGGGACUAUGGGAAUUACAGGUGGCAAAGGCGCGACGAUGGAUACAGCAGCAGCUGGCAGAAUUGUCGUCCCUCGGCGAUGAAUCCAACCCGCCAGGUCAAGAGUUUUCGGAAAUGGCCUUAGAGGAACUAGAAAGGAUGGCCCGUGUUGAACUUCUAGAUGAUAGUGAAGUCUCGAACACUAUAUAG